ACUGUAUUCUGUCGCAUGUCGCACUUGGUCACUUACAGCUGACCAAAAUCUUUUAUUUGUAUACAAAGUAGUUUUUAAAAACUAGUUUUACCAAAAUUUACAUGCGACAGAGUAACCAUUGGAGAUUUCUUUAAAAUAUACUGUGUGUUGCAAUGCUCCCUUGAUCUGCAACUGAGUUAAUACCUGAUUAUUGGCCUUCCGAGGAGUAAGAAUGUCCACCAUAAACUACGGCUCGAAGGGUAGAACAUCAAAUCGGGGAAGGCAGUCGGGCGCUAACUCAAGCCACACAUCUAGGAGUGGUUCAAAGAGAUCUUCUUCAGAACGUUUUCUGCCAGAAGGUGUUUAUGGAAACUCAAGAUUUACACAUGUGAUAUAUUCAUUAGUGGGCUGUGUAGUGCAGGUACAGGUCAAGAAUGGAUGUUCAUAUGAAGGUGUCUUCAGAACAAUCUCACCAGAGAUGAAUGUGGUUUUAGAACUGGCACACAAGAUAGAAGACUCAAGAUGUAGCAGUAUUCCAUCCAGAGAUCGACUUAUAGAGAAACUUAUCUUUGGAAAAGAUGAUGUUGUUUCUCUAAAUGCUGCCAAUGUUGAUUUGGAUUAUGCAGUCAAAGAUACAUUCACUGACACAGCAAUAAGCCGCUUCAAUGGCCAGUCCUAUGAUAGAGAAGUCAGGGAAUUGCAGCCAUGGGAAGGAGAUACUGGAGAUGAUAUUAGUCUAAUGGAAAACGAUUCAUCAAAUGGCUGGGAUCCAAAUGAUAUGUUUAAAACAAAUGCUGAACAGUUUUCAGUGAAAUCUACAUAUGAUGAAAAUCUUCCUCAAUAUACAACACAGCUAGAGAAAAAAGAUACCAAAGAAUAUAAGCAACGUGAAGAAGUGGCAGCUAGGAUAGCCAAAGAAAUUGAAAGAAGUGAAGAGUACAAGGCCAGGAUAGAUCUAGAAAAUGGAGAUGGAGAAGAAGAAGCAAAGUUUAGUGCUGUUUUACGACCCUCGGAGAUGAGAGGACAAGCUGGAAAUGGCUCUGGAAAGUAUAUCCCUCCUCAUAAUAGAAGGGGCAACACUGGAAUGCCCCCAAGGAGAACAGUGUCUGAUCAUGGUGGGCAGCAGAGACAGAUAUCUCCACAUAAAACGCAACUUCCAGCUCCAGUUCAACACUUACAUCAAACGUCAGCAAUUAAUUACUCAUUAGGAUCAAAAGAUGAACAUAUACCUCCCAAUAUAAGUGCAAGUAUAAAUGGGGAUAAGGAUCAGAAACAAAUUGAGCCUAUUGUAAACAAAUCUAGUCCAGAGCCAGCUUCAUUAGUCACAGUAUCAGGUGGAGGAUUAUCCCAGCAACUUUCCCCGGUGACUGUAACAGCUGGGGACAAUUCCACAUCUCCUCAAUCUGAUUCUGUAUCAGCAUCCAGCAAGGGAGAUAGGAGAAAUCCAAAUCCAAGGGGAAGAACAAUAGCAGAUCUAAAAGAAUUUGGAGAAAAUUUCAAGUUGACAGAAGAACUAAAAGAAACAAGAGCGUCUGAGAAAAAUGAUGAGAAACAUCCAGAGGAUGAAACAAAAGAUGACCUCAAGCCAAAUAUUGCUGAGCGGUCCAAACUGAAUCCAAUGGCUAGAGAAUUUGUCCCAACAGGUCAAUCAAGAUCACAGAAGCCAGUGCCCCAAACACCUACUCCACCAAGGCCUCAAACUCAGAGUCCUGUUGUACAGCCCAUUGUGCCUAUGUAUAGUUCAUUGAUUCUCCCAAGUAACAUGGUGCCUGUAGGACCGCCUCAGACAGCUCAAAACCAAGGAAACAGAUAUCCAAAAAGAGCUGUUGUAUCGGUACAGCCAAGACAAGACUUCUCAGCUGCGGCUCAACAUGCAACUGGUCAACCCCUAUUAGCAAAUGCAACAGUGCAAACACAACAGUACCUUCCGUAUCCUAUCAUGCAGUCUGCUGUCAUGCACCAACAAACUGCAGCAGGUUAUCAGGUAAUGCCAGUGUCUGCAAACCCUCAGAGAAUGAUGAACCAAGCACCCGUGGCAGCAUCCUCUCAUCCAGCUGCUGGCCUUGAUCCUGCUCAGGGGAGUGCACAACAUGCACAUGCUGCACCACAUUUAUUUAUGCCUACGGGUCAUGGUCCAAUGCCUGCCCAUAUGACACCACAUCAUGGACAGCAGAUUUCUCAUCCUCAACCAGCUCAUGUUGGGACUCAUCCUGUGGCAGGAAACCCUCAAUCUCAAGGCCAGAUGACCCCAGUGUCCGGGCCACAUCCUGCUCCAAGUCCAGUGCAACAUACUGGUCCAGGGGGACAGCAACAUCAUCCUCAGGGACCCCCAACUUCUGGGACACCUCAGCCACCAAUCAAUUACCAACAAAUAGGCUUGCAAGGUCAUCACCAGAUACAAGCGGCUUCUCAUAACCCAGCAUCACCACAGGCAGCCAUGCAUCCUGUCUCGAUGCCAUAUGCAUUCACGUCACAUCCACACAUUCAACAGGGAGCACAGCAAUUUACAUUUACACAAGCAGCCCAACAGCAGACAUCUGUUAGUCAGACAGUACAUACACAUACCCACUCACCUCACAUGCCCCAGCCACAAAUAGUGGUUAUGCCCCAACCCCCUCCACACAGCCAGGUCCAACACACACACCACGUACCACCACAUCCACAGUUUCAGCAUAGUGCACAUGCACAUGCACAUGCAGCAGCUGCAGCAGCUGGACAUCACAUGCCAGCAGGACCAAAUCCAGUCCAUGGUCAAGGACACCACAUGAUGCACCACUCUGGACUACCUGCCAUACCAGUUUCUGCGCCUUCUGGUGUCCACCCUUCACCAGUCCACCAUUUUGUUUCACCAGUGCCGUCUCAUGGUCCAGGUGGGCCUGUCCAAACAGGCUACCCCCAGGCACAGUGAUCUGGCAAGGAUGCAUGCCAGCUCAUCUAACCUGAUAAUGUGUGUGAGUGCCCCGAGUUUCUUCCCCAGCAACCUUGACAUCGUGUGAUAAAAUUGAAAAAGACAAUGAUCAUGAUGCAGAUGCAACCAGCUGAGCGUAUGAUGAACUUACAGAUGAAUUGAAUGGCUGUCCCUUAAGGAGAGCUCACCUAUGAGAAACCAUUGUGAUAAUAUGAAGACGUUAACACAAAGACAAAGUGGUUUUAUAAAUGCAAACGGUUUCCAGUUAAUGCAAGAUGUUUCACCUCAGAUUCAAUCUGUCAGCUUGACAUGUAGGGAUAUACAUACAUGCUCCAAGUGAAGACAUGCUGAUUUAAAGUGGAGCAGUGAGCUUCAUUAUCGUAGCUGACAGGUUUUUGUGGCCAGAAUAACUUCCUUUGGACAAUGAAGUAGCAGUGUAGACUGAUCCAAGUCUGUGGUCGUUUACAGACAAGUGUAACUGUAUUAAAAACUGAAGUGGUACCACCAAGCUGAAGCUGCUUACGUUUUUGAACUCUCAACAUACAACUUUACAAUUAAAUAUUGCAAACAGCAUACACUCAUUUGCAAAGAUGAAAACACGAAAGCGUGCCACAGUGUCAAUAAAUUGGAAUAAAGCAUUUUUUUUAAUUAUUGUGAA